GUUCAGCAUCGGCUUCAGCCAGUAAUAGCGAAGAGUUUGGGAAGAAGGAAGUGUAGUGCGAUAACUUAUCAAACAAUUAGUUAUUUUUUCAUUGUGAUAGAAUCACAUGAUAAUAGGAUUACAAUUCUAAUUUAUAAUUAUUAGCUAUGAAUAAUGUAUUAAUAAUUUAGUAUGUAUUAGUAGGUAUGUUUACUUGGACUAUUAUUAUCCGCGUACGCAAAUGACUGUACUGUCGAAUAUAAUAUAAUCUACUCAAUUAUGAUGAGCGAUCAAUAACGACGUGGUCUUAAAAUAAAGUUGUUUAUAGCUUUCAUAGGUCAUUGACCUCAAUUGAGUAGAGAUUAGGUAAAUUUGGUUUGAUUUCAAUAAACCGGCUUUACUCGGCAAACUUUGUCACACAAACUCUGGGUUGUUUCGGAAUUUCCAUAGAAACAGUAGUUAUGUACUAGGUCUAAUAAAACGGAAAAAGUAUACGUACAAAUACACAAAUAAAGUGAUAAGAAAGUCCAUCAAAAAUUGUUGCCGAUCCUUUUGUCUCCAGUAUCACUGGCAAACAGACUUUGGACAAUUGGUAGUGGUAUUAAAGUAACUUGGACAAAACUGUUAUUUAUCCAUUGUGAAAUAAGAGUUUCCAAGACAUUUGCUAUAAGUACAUUGAGGUUAUUGAAACUAGAUUUAUGUCCGUAUAACGGACUUACACAAAAAACUGUCCCGUCAUGUUUUAAUCGGUGACUAAUGUUAAUUUUAUGAUCUAUCUGGUUGUUUAUUAAAUAGUCUUACUUUGAUUUAUUUUCAGAUUAAUUAUGGACGAUAACAUCAGAUUAAUAUUAUAAGUGGCACUUCAAGAUAAUCAUAUAUAAAGGAAAACUUUAUCCAAAUAUUAUUAGUCAUCUAGAUAGUUCACUUUCAGAAGGAUAGCUCUCAAUCCAAAUAUCCAUCAAAAUAGUGGAUGUGGACAGAAAAACUCGACUAGAUAUAGUUGAACUUUAGUCAGAAUGACGAGGUGUACAGUGUUUCUAUUAAGCCUGGCACUAUUGGCGCUGGUGUCGCUGUGCGCGGCGCGGAAGCUGCAGCCGACGGCCCCGCUGCUGCUGAGCGGCGGGCUGGUGCGCGGCAACAUCGCGGCGGACGGCUCGCACGCGCAGUACCUGUCCAUACCCUACGCCACCGUUACACACAGGUUUCAGACUGCCGAAUCUGAUCCAAAAUGGGAGGGUGUCUACGAUGCUUUCGAAGAGCGUGUAAGGUGCAAGCAAAGGGUUAUGAACACCAGACCAACCGGCGUCGAGGACUGCCUAACGGUUAACGUGUACACGCCGCUCCCGCAGAGUGACAGCCCUCUACCAGUCAUGGUGUUCAUACACGGCGGAGGCUUCAGAGACGGCGCUGGAUCAUCUUUCAUCUACGGACCGAGACACUUAAUCAAACAUGGUGUUAUUCUAGUCACAUUCAAUUAUAGACUAGAAGUUUUAGGAUUCCUGUGCUUAGGUAUCAAAGAAGCACCUGGAAACAUAGGCUUGAAGGACCAAGUUCAAGCAUUAAAAUGGGUGCAGAAAAAUAUUAGAAAUUUCGGAGGGGACCCGGAUAAUGUUACUAUUUUUGGAGAGAGCGCGGGAUCUGCAUCUGUCAAUUAUCACGUGAUAUCGCCGAUGUCACAAGGUUUAUUCAAAAGGGCUAUUAUGCAGAGCGGUUCAGCUAUUGCCCAGUGGGCUUUACAGUUUGAACCCAUAAAAACUGCCAGUCUCCUUGCAGCUGAAAUGGGUUAUAAAACUGAAGAUCCCUUGGCACUUUAUAAGUUUUUUAAUAGCUCGGAUGCAGACGAUUUGAUAAGUCACCGUAUUCCUCGAGAGAAGGGCAGUACAAUCAUAUCCCAGUACGUAUUUGUACCGUGCAUUGAAAAAAGUAUCCCGGGAGUGGAAUCUUUCUUAUCCGAUAGUCCAAUCAACUUGUUAUCCAAGGGUCAAUAUAAUAAAGUUGCCCUAAUUAUUGGAUAUAAUAACCAAGAGGGCUACUAUUUUGCAGGAAGAGAAAAUGAUACUGCACUAUUAGAAAUUGAUUUUUAUAAUGCUUUACCAAGAGAUCUGGUGUUCCCGUCAAACAUGCAGAAAAUAAAAACCGCUCAGACUUUUGAUGAACUGUAUAUGAAGGGAGAGACAAUAAGUAAUGAACCCACUGCCCUAUUGAAAUACGCUCAUUACUUAGGCGAUGUCGGCGUAAAGUACCCAGUUUCAGCUACUAUAGAUCUUUUCCUGAAAACCCUGAAUAAGCCUGUGUUCGCUUAUCAGUUUACCUACGGAGGACUCUUGAACCUAGCCAAGAUUGCGUUCGGGUUCAGGAAAUACCCAGGAGCGACGCAUGGAGACGAACUCUUCUACAUGUUUAGCAUGCCAGCGCAGCUCAAUGUCGAAAGGGAUAUGGUAGAGAAAAUGACCACUUUUUGGACUAACUUCGCGAAAUAUGGAGAACCUACUCCGGAUUCUUCAAUCUUGCCGAAGUGGGAGCCAGCAGAGGUGCAGGAUCCUCAGUUGAUGAUCAUAGACAAGGAGUGCGUCAUGGCGCCCGUCUGGGGGGACGAGUACAUCGGUGCGUGGAAUGAUACCUACUCCAAAUACAGAAAAACUAAUUAAGAAUUACUUGUGCUAAUAUAAAACCAAGAGCUCUUCAUCUGUCAUGAUUAUUGUUGAAAUGAAUUUAUCUAGUGGGCCAAAAACUGUACUUAGGAAGCGUGCGGCUAAGGCUGCAUUAAGAUCACUUUAAGACGUGAUGAUAGGCAAUUAAGCUCUCCUCUCAUCCCUCCACCGUCGUUCUUGUCUCGGACUCCGAUUUGAGGUUCCCGAUUUGGGUCAUGUUUGUCCAGAAAAGGAAAGAAAAGUCGUAAUUUCAUCCCCAUUCAUCCCCAUUCAUCAAAUCAAACAUAUAUUUUUUUAUUAAAAAUCAAUACUUUUUUACAUAAUUUUA